AUGAAUAGUGAAUUCUGGAACGAGCAGGGCGGCGACGACGAAAUGGCCUUUUUGACGUUCCCAGAUAACCCGUCGUUGUCGCGUCCCACACAGCCGCAGGCGGCUGCGCCCCAGCCCGAGAGGCCGGGCGACACUUUCAACACUAGCGAGGAGGCGAUGUCUGGGGGGACCGUGUCUUCUUUCUCGCCGCAGGUGUUUGAGAACAACUCUGGCGCUCCAAUGGAGCAGCAGCACGCUCUCCCGUCCCAGCCUCCCACGCAGAGCCCGUUCGAAGCGUCUGCGCCGGCACCCACGCCGCCAUCUCAGCAGUACCAUCAACACCGUCCCGUGCCCUCCCACAACAACAGUCCGAACGCCAACACUCCACAGCAGCGCCAGAUGCAGAUGCAGAUGCAGCAGCAGCACAAUUUCAUGUGUUUAUUAGAAGAGUUUAUGAACCGCAACAACACGCCCCUGACUGAGAGAUAUCCGGUCAUUGGGGGCAAGAAAAUGAACUUAUUCCUGAUCUACGCCGUGAUGGUGAAGUUUGGCGGGUUCAACAAUGUGCUCAGGUCCAAGAAGAUUGUGCCUGUGGCCAGCAAGUUUGGCAUUCCGCCAGACAACAACCAGCUGCUGCGCGAGUUUGUCCAGAUGUACCACAAAUGUCUGCUUCCGUUCGAGCUGUAUGCCAACACACCGGAGGGGAUGAAGGAGCUGUCGAUGCGGAAAAAGCAGCUCGAGCAACAGAUGCAGUCCAAGCAGGCCACGCCGACCAGUGCCAGCAACCAGACGCCGCCUGUUUUCAACGCUCCGACGCCCGCCUCGGUUCAGGAGACAAAGUUCACUCCAGGGGACCAGCGUGCGAGCGAGCCGUCGCCGGCCCCUGCAGAGUCACGCCACGCGACGCCGCAGCCGGACGCAAAUUUUGUCCCCGACUUCAUUCGCAAUUACGUGCCGCACCAACGGGUGCUCGACAAGGUAGGGGGCCACGAUUUGAAGGCGUUGUCUGCAUUCGGCGAGCAGGUUGACCAUUUGAAGCCUGUGUUCCUGUUUGUGCCAGAGCUCGGCAAGAUUGACCUGAAUGCGCUCACCUUGUCGCUGUUGUCAAGUAUCGACGCCGAGGUGAACCUUGCGCUGAACGUUCUGCUGAUCGUUACGUCGGACCCGAGCCUCGUCGUGCCGCUCAGCGAGUGUAUGGGCCUGCUUGAGGCGCUUGCUCGCGUUGGCACAGACAUUCUGGACAUGCUCGUUUCAGGCAAUCUGGAUAAACGCGGAGGUACGUCCGAGGACGCGCGUCCGGGGUAUUUCAAGCCAAACAAAAUAGACGAGGUCUUUGAAAAGUACAGCGGCCGGCUGAAGGGAGACAAGGACGUCGAGGUCGUGGUUGACUCGUUCACGUCGAAAGAGGUGGGCGACGAGAGCCAGGACUUGGAGGUCGAGGAGUCCGACGCGGACGUCGUGUUUGAGGAGCCGCCGCGCGUCGACACGCCUGCGUCGGACGUGGACGAGAAGCUGGUGGCGCCAUUUUGUCUGCCGUCGUAUUUGGAGCUCCUGGAAGCUGCACGCGCAGAGGCGGACGACUUUUCCGGCCGCAUCUACGCCAAGGCGUUCCUGGACAGGCGGCUGAUGCUGGUGGAGGAGCUCAACACGGUGUCGAUGAUUUUGCGCAAUUUGUCGUUUGUGAGCAACUCGCAGGGCGUCGCGAACAACAACCUCAUGGCGGCGAACUCGUCGCUGCUCGACUUUAUCUAUGCGUUGAUAGCAUCGCUCGGCACGUCCGAGGGUUUUGUGUUUGCACGGAAAAAGGUGCAUUUGAUGAAAGACACGCUGAUGACCUUGGCCAACCUCUCGCACGCGAUCGAGCUGCGCUCGACGAAGGAAGCUUUUCUAGUUCUUGCUCUGUGUCUUGCGUUCGGCGUUCCGCUGGACCCAGAGGACGAGAAAGCCGGGUUCUACGUGCCGAGGUUCGACGCCGGCAAGGGCAAGUACCAGCUGCACGCGAUCGACGUGCUGGCCAAGGUGCUGUGCGGGUCGCUGAACAACAAGAAAAUGAUGUCGUCUGUGCUGGCGCGCGAGAACCUGGACCCGGAGAUGAACUCGCUGAUGCAGACGUACGACCAGGGCAAGAACGGCGAGCUGGUGGUGCGCACGAUGGGAUUUUUCGUUUCUGCGCUGCCGCUGCACGUGAUCUACGAGGGCAUCGAGCGGUUCAACGACAAGCUGCCCUCGUGUCUGGAGCUGCUGCUGGGCAGCGUGCUUGUGGCGGAGGUGAUUGAAGACGCGCAGUUCUCGCACAACGUGGCGCUGCGGCUGCUGAGCUCGCCCGAGCUCGUGGGGACCAACCUGUUCAAGCUGGCGUUCAUCUUUGCGGCGAUCUACGCCAAGACCAACCACGAGAACAAGCUGAUGUACAUCCACAUCUCGGGCAAGAGCAUGGAGCUGGUGAACGUGCUGCUGCGCACGGCGAUAGCGCACGCGGUCUCGGCGGGGGCCAGGGACGAGCUGCAGACGCUGUUCUCGGUGUCGAAGCUGUUUCCGGCGGACGAGUCCAUUCUGGGCGCGCUCAUGACGCCGUCGUUGCCGCCGGAUAUUUCUGUGCAGGCGGUGGAGUCGGCCAAGCUGCUGGUGAGACUACAGGAUUCUCUGAAUAAUUAA